AUGUUAUUUCCGAAGAGUGCACUGAUCACAGCACUUUGCUGGCUUUCAACUUUGUCGCUGGCCUCUACCUUGCCAUUAUCUACCCAAGAGCUGUCGCUGCUAGACAAGUGGCUCCAAAUGUCUCUGAAUGAGAGCGCCGCUUUGAAUACCACUCUUAGUACAAGGGACACCAAUAAUGCUCUUGUGGAGCGAACUCCCAUCAAUGUCUGCGAGCGUAUUAUUACCGUGACCGCGGCCUGUGCGGUAAUCACCGAUUUUGUGAUUGCAAUGUCCAAGUCACUGGCAAACACGAUCAAGGAGCUCUCCGAUUAA